AUGGCCCCGCCCUUUGCGCCAACACGCACCCACGACAGUCAGGAAGAGCUGAUAGAGCUGGGCCACAACUGGUUCCUCCACAACCCGAAGCAUCGAGCGGUGCGGCAGCGCUACGAAGCGAUCGACGCGAACCACCCCGCGCUGCCGGUCACCGAGCGCGCGCUGAACGGCGUCGCCCGCGUCCUCCUCCAGGUCCCUGGCCUGCGCGCGACGAUCGUCCCGUGCCUGCACCGCGCGACGCCCGCCGUCCCGUGCGACCCGUACGAGGACGACGUGGUGGGGGUGGUGCUGCACGCGACGCUCCUCCACGUCGAGAUCCUCGAGCUCGUGCACCUCAUGCCCUCCGCCGUGCCCGUGCACCUCUACAUCGGCGAGCCGCUCGCGACCGGCACGCCGUUCGACACCUACAGCCCCGACCGGCUCGUGCCCCCGAAGCACCUCCUCCCAGGGGACCCGCUCUUCUGCGGCGGCACCGAGCGCACGCUCGUCUUCGGGGCGUACCUCCACCCCGCGAACGCCCCGGACGACGGCGCGCUGUACGGGCUCUCGGCGGGCCACGCCGUGGUCGCGUCCCCGGCGUUCGCGCUCCACCCGCGCCUGCAGCCCGCGUCGGCUGUGGGGGGGAAGAAGGGGCGGAAGCGCGUGCGGAGCUCGCAGGUCGCGCUGCGCGCGCUCGGGCGCCCGCUGAGCAGCCCCGCGCCGCGCGUGGCGGAGGCGGCGCUGCGCGCGUUCGAGCUCGAGAAGGCGCGCGUGUUCGCGGAGCUCGAGCGCGUCGGCUACCAGGACGGGCCGCUCAUCGUCCAGCGGCGGCGGCUGCAGCAGCAGGAGGGGGACAUGGCGCGCCUGCGGGGCGCGCUCGCGCGGCCGCAGCGGCUCGACGUGGGGCACACGUGUGCGGCGGAGGCGUUGGUCCGCCCGUGCUCGAGUGCGUCUUCCUCUUCCUCUUCCUCCGAACCAGCGCUGAGCCGCACCACAGGCUCUGACCACGGACACAAGCGCCACCACGCGCACCGCAGCUCCGGCUCCUCCAGCGGCAGCUCGAGCGCACCCGACGAGCACACCCACCUCCUCUCGUGGACGCUCAUGCGCAUGGUCCCCGCGCGUACCGCGUGCAGCGGCAACGGCCCCGCGCUGCACGCGUACCCGGGCACGCUCGAGCGCGGCGCGCCCGUCUCGAUGCACGUCCGCGACCCGAACGCGGAGCGCCCGCUGGGUCCGUACCGCGACGGCGUCGUCAACGGCGCGCCGGCGACGGUCGUCCUCGGGGGCCACCUCUCGCGCGAGUGGGCGGUAUUCCCGCCCGCGGGGAAGCGUGCGGCGCGGUUCGCCGCGCGAGGGGACGCGGGCGCGCUCGUCACGACCGCGCUCGAGGGCGAGGGCGACGGGGAGGAGGGGCUCGCGGUGCCGCUCGCGAUGUUGUACGCCGCACCAGAGCGAGGGCCGUACGGGCUCGUCACGCCGCUCACGACGAUCCUCAGGCGAAUCCGGGACGUGACGGGGCUGCAGAUGCGCUUCCAGAAGCCGGACUGGGGGGUGGAUGAGUAG